AGUUUCUCGGUAAUACCGUCCAGUCUCGAGUGUCUACUUGUACUAAAAAAUGUACGUUAUUGUGAACUGUUUCAUAAGAAAUUGCGGUUUCGUGAUUUUACGUUAAAAGCUAUUACCUGUUAAUCAGCAUCGAUUAUCAAAUUUUGUGAAAGUCUUUAAAAUACCAAAAGUUUUCAAGCAGACAUGUCAGCCACGCUCUCGCUGGGAUCCAGCAUUCUUCUUCUACUUGCAAUCUCUGCAUGUGCUGAAGAUGCAGAAGAUAAGGACGAAUAUUUGAAAUUCCCGCCCAACUUCCUCUUUGGAGCUGCGACAGCUGCAUAUCAAAUAGAAGGUGCCUGGAAUGUGAGCGGUAGAGGAGAAAGUACUUGGGAUCGAUUCGUUCAUGAUGGUACAGGCCGCGUUUACAACAACGACACGGGAGAUGUUGCUGCAAACUCUUAUUAUCAAUACAAAGAGGAUGUUGCUAUUCUGAAGAAGCUUGGGUUCAAUUCGUAUCGUUUCUCCGUGAGCUGGACACGAAUCCUGCCGACGGGUUUCGCGAACAACAUCAGCAAGGAUGGCGUCCAGUACUAUCAUGAUGUGAUCAACGAGCUCAUAGCAAACAACAUCGAACCAGUAUUGACCAUUUACCAUUGGGACCAUCCGCAAGUUCUUGAAGACAUGGGAGGCUGGUUGAACAGUGAAAUGGUCGACUGGUUCGGCGAUUACGCGAGAGUCGUAUUCCGCGAAUAUGGAUCGAAAGUGAAGAAAAUCAUCCCGAUAAACGAGCCCAUCGCUAUUUGUAAAAAUGGCUACAGUCUUGGUAUACACGCUCCUGGUAAAACUCUACAUGGAUUCGGCGAGUACUUGUGCAUACAUAACGUGUUGAAAUCGCAUGCCAGAGCCUAUAGGAUCUACGAGAGUGAAUUUAAGGAGAAAUAUAAUGGCGAAGUUGGUGUUCUGAUCAAUUUAAGCGCCUAUAUGCCGAAAAAUGCUGACUCCGUCGAUGCUGCGGAAACGUCUUUUCAAUUCAACGUUGGUUGGACCAUGCACCCGAUAUACUCCAAGGAGGGCGAUUAUCCACUUGUGAUGAAAGAAAUGGUGGGCAACAAGAGCGCAGAGCAAGGUUACAUGAAAUCUCGUCUACCCACGUUCGACGCAGAGUGGAUCAAAUAUAUAAAUGGAAGCUCAGACUUUAUGGCUAUAAAUCAUUACACCUCCAGGCUAGUUACAGCUGGUACUAUGGGACGUGUACCAUCCCAUGAAAAUGACCAAGGAGUGGUAGAGACUAUCGAUAGUUUGUGGAAAUCGUCAGCUACUGACUGGUUGAAGGUUGUACCUGAAGGUUUCCGAUAUGUUCUCCGUCAGUUGGCGACAAAUUACGGCAACCCACCGAUGUAUAUCACUGAAAACGGUGUUUCCGAUCACGGAAUACUCAACGACGACGACAGAAUCUACUACUAUCGCGAAUAUUUAAGACAGAUGCUUCUCGCCAUUCACGUCGAUGGUGUGAACGUAAAAGGAUAUAUGUUAUGGUCGCUUCUGGAUAAUUUCGAAUGGGACAGGGGAUACAGCGAACAUUUUGGUAUCGUCUCUGUCGACUUCAAAGAUCCAAAGAGACCACGAAUGUUGAAAAAGUCUGCUUCCUGGUGGCAAAAUGUUAUAGCCGCUGGAAAAAUUGAUAGGAGCUGUUAAAAUCGCUGAUCACCUUAAGUCAUAUACAAUUUAUAUUCGGGCCAUACAAACAGGAAAGAGCGUAAUGGUGUACGCGCGAUGUCAAAAAAUCGAGCGGAAUAAACUCAGCUGAGCCUGAAGCCGGCUGGAUAUUCUCAAGGAAAUCUUUGUUCCCCAGAGUAAAUAUCACGUUUACGUGUAAUAUAUGCAGAGAGGCCGAAAAUCUGUGCUCUGGAAUCCCAUGAGAGGGAUUAGCUAUCGUUUAUCCGGGAAGGAGUAAAUUCAGAGAAUUCAAGCCCGCGCGAAGUAUCGCUAUAUCCGGUUAAUUUUAUUAAGGUAGAAUUAGACGAUGAAAAAACAAGGAUAAAUGUUUCUGAAAAUAGGCUAACGAAAUUGCAGACCGACAAAAGUAAAGAGGAAUUACGCGAAAGAAAGAGAAAUACGCCAGAACGAAUGGUAGACAGGAAAAUGAAAAGAGAUUAUCGCGUUAAAUAUUCCACGCGUCUAUGUUAAUCCUUUCCGUAACAUUGGCGGCAUCAGUUUUUCCUAGUCUUUAGCGAUGUGAGCGGUUUUCAUUUUUCAUACAAGCAUGAGUCUCUCGUUUACAGUUCUUGGCGGCAUAAAAUUCUGGUUAUUUCGUGAAAUAACUUUUAUGUAAAAUUCCCUCAGUCGACCCUAUCUACACCAGACUAUACACAUAUAUAAUAAUAAUGUCAAUAUGGAAA